AUGGCCUAUUCUGAUCCCAAGGGCAUUAAAAUCGCCAUUGACAGAGGUGGUACCUUCUGUGAUGUCAUUGCGAAAAUUCCAGGCCAGCCCGAUUUCGUGUUCAAGCUCUUAUCAGUAGAUCCUCAGAACUACAAGGACGCUCCAACCGAGGGAAUCAGACGAGUGCUUGAGAAAGCCCAUGGGGUCACCAUCGAGAAACUGGAGAAAUUGACAAUUGAUUCAAUUGACUCGAUCAGAAUGGGCACCACCGUGGCCACAAACGCUCUCUUGGAGAGGAAAGGUGCUGCUGUGGCUCUCGUAACCACUAAAGGGUUCAAGGACGUGUUGAAGAUUGGUAACCAGACGAGACCCCAUAUCUUCGAUUUGACCGCUAAAAAAUUAGGUCACUUGUAUACCGAGGCGUUGGAGAUCGACGAGAGGGUCACGAUGGAGUCGUUCACUGAAGGUGGAGGGGACAAGCUUGACUUCAACGUGGAAAAUGAUCCAGAGCUCAGGACCGGUGUUUCAGGAGAUAUCAUAAGGGUGCUUAAAGAGCCCGACUACGCUGUUGUGGAGGGUCAAUUGCAGGAGUUGUGGAACCAGGGCCACAUUAAAACAUUGGCCUUAUGCUUGUUACAUGCCUAUGCCUACCCUGAACACGAGCAGAAGGUGGCUGCCAUCGCCAAGAAGAUUGGCUUCACGGUCUCUGUGUCCCACGAAUUGCAACCUAUGAUCGGCAUGGUCAACAGAUGCUCGUCCACUGUAGCCGAUGCAUACUUGUCUCCUGUCAUCAAUGAGUAUAUCCAAGGCUUCGGUGAAGGCUUCGAAGGCGGCCUCGAGGCCUUUGGAAACAAGUUGCUCUUUAUGCAAAGUAAUGGUGGCUUGUGUCCUUGGUACAAGUUUACAGGACUAAAGGCAAUUUUGUCGGGUCCAGCUGGUGGAAUGGUUGGUUAUGGUGAAACCUGUUAUGAUGACAAGACGGGCGAGGCUGUUUUGGGCUUUGAUGCUGGUGGAACGUCCACUGAUGUGUCUCGUUAUGCUGGCUCUCUUGAGCACAUAUACGAGACUGUUGUGAGCGAGGUGCAAUUGCAGACUCCCCAGUUGGACAUCUCCACUGUGGCUGCUGGCGGAGGGUCUAUGCUCUUCUGGAGAAAUGGCAUGUUUGUGGUUGGACCCGAGUCAGCAGGUUCCGAUCCAGGUCCAGCAUGUUACCGAAAAGGAGGUCCCUUGACUGUCACAGAUGCCAAUUUAUUUUUGGGAAGAUUGUUGCCGGAGUACUUCCCCCAAAUCUUUGGUCCCAACCAGGACCAGCCUUUGGAUGUUGAUGUGACAAGAGCGAAGUUCUUGGAGCUUACAAAGCAAAUUAACAGCGAAGGCUCUUCGUAUACACCUGAGGAAGUUGCCUCUGGUUUCUUGAAGGUUGCUGUCGAGGCCAUGGCUCGUCCGAUCAGAAACUUGACCGAGGCUAAGGGCUUCAAUGUCUCGGAGCAUAAGCUUGCCUCUUUUGGAGGUUCGGGUGGUCAGUUCUCGGUGGGUUUGGCCAAAAACUUGGGCAUAAAUGAUGUCGCUAUUCAUAAAUAUUCGUCCUUGCUUUCCGCAUACGGUAUUUAUGUUGCUGACAUUGUCAUUGAAAAACAGUCGCCAACUUCUUUUGCCUACAACAAAGAUAACGUGAGAAAAAUCGACGACAAAGUUGAGCAACUCACAAAAGUCGCCUACGACGAAUAUGAGGCUCAGGGCCAUAAAGGCUUCGACACUAAAGUUGAGGUCUUUUUAAACAUGCGCUAUGUUGGAUCUGACACACAUUUAUUAAUCUUAAACGAUGGCAAACACAAUGCCGAUGAAAAAUUCAUCGAAAGACACAGGAAGGAGUUUGGGUUUUCCUUAGAUAGAAAGGUCAUUGUGGAUGAUGUCCAAGUCUUGUUAUUUGUCCAGUCUAAAGAUAAGCAGGCGAGCAAUCCUUACGAAGAGUAUCGAUCAUGUACUAGUCCAAGUGUUGUCGGUCCUUCUGAAGUUGUCAGAAAGCUCUACUUUGAAGACAGUGGCUGGAAAGAUUCCCAUGUUUACGAGCUUCCAAACUUGAAACCGGGCAUCAUUAUUCAGGCACCAGCGGUGAUCAUCGAUAGCACACAAACAAUCAUCGUCGAGCCAGGGUCCAAGGCUGCAAUUUUGAAGGACCACGUUCUUCUUCUAGUUGACCAAGGCGCCAAAGCUGAGAUUUCCAAAGACCAAAUCGAUCCAAUCCAAUUGUCUGUGUUUGGUCACAGGUUUAUGUCCAUUGCAGAGCAAAUGGGUAGAACUUUGCAACAGACAUCUAUCUCAACAAACAUUAAGGAAAGAUUGGACUUUUCAUGUGCUCUUUUCGAUAAGGAAGGUGACUUGGUGGCUAACGCUCCUCACGUUCCAAUUCAUUUGGGUGCCAUGUCGUUUGCUGUGAAAGCUCAGAAAGAAAUGUGGGACGGUAAGCUCGAACAAGGCGAUGUGCUUGUCACCAACCACCCUUGUGCUGGUGGCUCACAUCUUCCUGACAUCACUGUUAUAACGCCAGUCAUCAACGACGAUGGCAAAAUUCUCUUUUGGACAGCUUCUCGUGGUCAUCAUGCUGAUAUCGGGUCAAUUGCAGCAGGAUCUAUGCCUCCCAACUCUAAAACAAUUUACGAUGAGGGAGCGUCGAUAGUGACCCACAAGUUAUGCUCCAAGGGUAAGUUUGACGAGGAAGGCAUCACCAGGCUUUUACUCGAGGAGCCUGCUAAGCAUCCUGGCGGCUCUGGAACCAGAACUUUGAACGACAACAUUUCGGACUUGAAGGCACAAGUGUCAGCAAAUUACAAGGGCAUCACGUUGCUCAAUCGCUUGGUCGAGGAAUACUCGUAUCCUGUGAUCAGUUUGUACAUGAGGGGUAUCCAGCAAACAGCGGAGUUAGCUGUGAGAAAUUUGUUGAAGGAUGCCUAUACUAAGUUUGAUGGGCAGCACUUGAAGGCAAAGGACUACUUGGACGAUGGAACGCCAAUUGCGGUUGAGAUCGAAAUCGACCCAAAAACAGGCGAUGCUGUAUUUGACUUUAGGGAAACUGGGGACGAGAUGUACGGUAACUUGAAUGCACCCAAGGCGAUCUUGUACUCAGCUGUACUUUACGUCUUGCGUUCGUUGAUCAGCUCUGAUAUCCCCUUGAACAACGGAUGCCUCCAUCCAAUCAAGUUUUUGACCAGACCCAGCUCUGUUGUUGAUCCGUCAUAUGAGGCUGCCGUUGUUGGAGGUAACGUUGAAACGACUCAGAGAAUCGUGGACGUCAUGUUGAAGGCAUUUGAAGCCGCUGCUGCUUCACAGGGAACUUGCAACAAUUUCACACCAUCUGCGGUGGUGCUGGAGCAGGACCUACCUGGGACGGGCAAAGUGCCGUUCAAUGCCACGACCAACACCAGAAUCACUGAUACUGAGCUUUUUGAAAAGAGGUACCCUGUCAUCGUUCAUGAAUACAGCAUCAGACAAGGCUCUGGCGGCGCUGGAGCACACAGAGGUGGCGAUGGUGUCAUUCGAGACAUUGAGUUCACGUACGACGACCUCGAGGUGUCUUGUUUGAUGGAGCGUCGUUCGUUGGCGCCGUUCGGUCUUUUGGGCGGCAAGUCUGGGCUCAGAGGAAGAAACGUCUGGGUUAGAAAGCUGCUGGACGGCAAACACAUCUAUCUUGGUGGCAAGACCACCGUCAGAGUCAAAAAGGGCGACCAUGUCAUUAUAAUGACCCCAGGAGGUGGUGGUUACGGUAAACCUGAGGACGAGGAGCAAGACAGCAAAAGAAGAAAAGUCGACUACAAUAUCAAGAGUGCCAUUCCCACCAUAUUGACUGGGUCUGCUGGCAUGAGACAGCAAGCCCAAGAAACCAAUUGA